CUUCAUGGUAGAGUUCGAUUUUAAUUAACCCUCCAAGUGUUCGAUGAAAUGUCUGAGAGAGUUGUAAUUGGGUUGAAUGUUAAUUUUUUGAUGUCGUUUGCAGUACUAUGGAUGUGGCAACAUUUAGUGUGUACUACGGUGGGAAUUGGGUGACUAGUGAAGAUGAGGAGGAUGCUUAUAUCGGUGGAGAGGUGAAGAUAGUAGAGUGUAAACCGGAGGAAUUUUAUACAAAAUUAGGGUCUGAACUGGGUGAAGCAUUUUAUGGGAAGAAAGUGUCCUAUAAUUACCCUUAUGAAGACAGCAAGGAGAGAAAGCUAUUGUGUGAGAGGGAUUCUAGUUUGAAGAAGAUGUGUGAUGGGGCUCGAUGGGUGAAGUUUGUUAAUGUUUAUCUAGUUGAUUCUGAAGGAGAUGAGGAGAUUGGUGCUGAACCUUGUGAGGAAGAGCUGAGAGUAGAAAGAAAUGUGGCUAACUUUAUUGAUGAGGAUGAUGAUGAACAGUUUGAUUAUCAUAAUACUCCUCCAAAUUCUGACGAUGAAGGUAGAGAGGAAGAUGAAGUAAAGGAGGAUGGAACAUCAAGCAAAACAGAUGGGGGAAAGACAAGUGUGAAGCUAUUUGUGGAGUAUAAGACAGUGAAACUCCUUGAUGGAUAUUGCAAGAUAUUGAAGUCAAGAGUGAUUGCAAAGUUGUUUCUAGAUGACAUAAGGUCUGAUCCUGACUUUAAACCGAGGACAAUUGAAGAGAAUAUUCUGAAAAACUGGAAUCUCGUUGCCACAAUAGACAAGUGUAGAAAAGGGAAGAAGAUAGCAUUGGAAAUCAUUCAAAAAGAGCAUGAAGAGCAGUUUUAUAGGCUUAGAGACUACAAAGCUGAGCUGCUACGUUCUAACCCUGAAUCCACCGUGGAGUUAAACACAAUUUUAGACGAUGAUGGAUCUGAAAUCUUCCAUAGAUUUUAUGUGUGUUUUGCAAAUCUCAGAAAACAAUGGUGUACAUGGUGUCGUCCCAUCUUUGGACUUGAUGGCUGUUUCCUCAAAAGCACUCUUAAAGGACAGUUACUAGCAGCAGUUGGUAGAGAUGCAAACAAUGGAAUGUAUCCCUUUGCUUGGGCUAUUGUUGAUGUUGAAAACGAAGAUAAUUGGACAUGGUUUAUACAGAACAUCAAGAAGGAUUGUAAAAAUCUUCAAGAUGGUCAGGGGUAUACAGUUAUAUCUGAUAGACAAAAGGGUUUGAUUAAUGCUGUAGACAGAGAACUGCCCAAGAUUGAACACAGGAUGUGUGCUAGACACAUAUAUGGGAAUUUGAAGAAGCUUUUCCCAAAUUCAAGUGAAAUGAAAGGGCUAUUUUGGAGUGUUGCUGAAAGUUGCAUUUUGUCAGAGUAUGAAGCUAAUCUGGACAGAGUUAAAGCUUAUGAUAUCCGCCUCUUUGAAGCAAUAAUGCAGAGGAAUCCAGCCAAUUGCAGUCUUGCUUUCUGCACACCCACGGCUUCUUGUAUAGAUGUGCACAACAACAUUUCGGAGUCAUUUAACAAUGCCAUUGAUCCUUCAAGAUAUUAUCCAAUGGUUGAGAUGCUAGAGAUAAUCCGGAGAAGAGCUAUGCAGCGUAUAGAAGCAAGGAAGAAGAAGGCUGAAGAUCACAAAGGAAGAUUCACUAAAAGAGCCACUGCAUUCAUAGCUGAAGAACAAACAAAGCUAAAGUUCACCAAGUAUGUGUCCGGCUCAUCAGAUGGAAGGUGUGAGGUUCUUGAUUGUGGAAAAUCUGUCAGCUUGCACAUGGGAAUGAGGACUUGUGCAUGUAGGAAGUGGGAGAUGAGUGGACUACCUUGUCGUCAUGCAUUGAGGAUCAUUAAUAAGAAGAAGCUUAACUAUGAAGACUACACAUCUGAAUGGUACUCCAAUGCAAAGCAGAAUCAUAUUUAUUCUUCCUCAAUAGAACCAGUCAAUGGUUUACGAUUUUGGAAGAACUCUGGCUCUGUGAUCAAGCCUCCUCCUGCUUUGGUUGAAGAGAUUCAGAACACAAAAGGAAGAAAACCGAAGCCUAAGAGGAAGAAGGCAAGACAUGAAUCUCCAACAAAAAAAGCUUCAAGAAAGAAGAGGAUUAUGCAUUGUGGACGAUGUGGAGAAGCUGGCCAUAAUGUUACCAAGUGCAAGAAUCCGGUUUCAGAGAAGAAUAAGUCAAAGAAGAAAACUCCAAUAGAUGAUGGAUUAGACUCGCUUACUCAAACUCAAACAACACAAGAUCAGGAGUGAUAAUUCUGUGGGAUUUAGAGGAUGCGGCAAUGUGAUGUUUUGGUUUGUUUUUGGAGAAAGCGGUAUUCUAGAUGAUA